AUCGCAUCGACGGACCAGACAACAGCGAUCAUGAGCCGCAUACACCCCAACGCGGAGGCCUCCAGGCGUCUCCUGCGGGACGGCGCCGGCGAGGCGGCGGCGUGCUACACGGUCUGGAUGAGGUCCAGCAUGGGCUUCCAGGGCACCGACGGCUUCUCCGUCUACGACGCCGGGGGCGAGCUGGCCUUCCGCGUCGACAACUACUCCCGCCGCCGGAAGAUCUUCGCCGGCGAGCUCACGCUCAUGGACGGCCACGGCGCGCCGCUCCUCUCCCUCAGGCCGCAGAUCAUCAGCAUGCACGACCAAUGGAACUGCUACAAAGCACCAGAAGAAGGCCAAGCAAAGAGGGCAAGAUCACAGCAGCUCUUCUCGGUGAGGAAAUGCUCGGUCCUGCAGAACAACCGUGAAGCAGAAGUUUACAUGUCUUCAGCCUGCACCACCACCACCGACGCAUCAGCAUCAGACCAUGGCAGCACUGGCCACCAGUCCCCCGGCUUCUGGAUCGAGGGCUGCUUCCGGAGGAGAAACUGCAAGAUCCGCAGGGCCCACGACGGCAAAGAGGUGGCGAGGAUCGCGAGGAAGAAGGCGAGGACAGCCGCGAUGCCUGACACGGCGCCUCUGACGCUCGGCGAGGACGUCUUCAGCCUCGUGGUGCAACCGGACGCUGAUUGCACGAUGAUCAUGGCCCUCGUCGUCGUUCUGGACCGGAUCUGCUGGAGGCCGUACACGCCGUUGAUAUGUUCUUCGUAGCCCGCGCUGAGUCGGCGAUCGAUGAACCUCUGUUCGUUUUACACGGGGGAAAUGUAGAUGCCUUUUCUUUCUUCAGUUCUUCAAGUGACUGUCGCCUGAAGCAAGUAAGAGCCAGUGGAGAUGAAGUGCUGUUCAGUUAGUUGCAGCUGUCGGUUGGCUGAAAGCCUGAUCUAACUUGUAGUAAAACGUCGAACAAAGUUCUGACAUGCAGCAAUGCAGUGCAUCAAAAUGAAAUCCCAACAAUAUGAAUCUCGGACUUGAAAUGCC